AUGGAGAAUAACACAGAAAUGAUAGAGUUCAUCCUCAUGGGAUUAACAGAUGAUCCCCAUCUUCAGGUUCCUCUCUUCCUGGUAUUUUUGUUUAUCUACCUCAUCACUCUGAUUGAGAAUGGGGGGAUGAUGGUGAUCAUCUACUCAGACUUUCACCUCCACACUCCAAUGUACUUCUUCCUCAGUAACCUUUCCUUUGUAGAUCUGGGUUACUCCUUAGCCAUAGUUUCUAAAAUGGUGGCAGUGCAGUCAGGGAGCAAAGUCAUCUCCUACAAUAGAUGUGCCGCUCAGUUCUUCUUUGUGGGUUCUGACACUGUCGAGUACUACCUCCUGGCCUCCAUGGCCUAUGACCCCCAUGCAGCAGUAUAUAGGCCUCUUCAUUACAGCACCACCAUGACAGCAGGUGUGUGUGCCCUCCUGACUAUUGGCUCCUACGUCUGUGGCUUCCUCAAUGCUUCUGUCCACACAGCAGACGCCUUUAGACUCUACUUCUGUGGUUCUAAUGAGAUUAAUCAUUUUUUCUGCGACAUGCCUCCACUCCUGGCUCUCUCAUGCUCCAAUACAUGCAUCAGCAAGUUGGUUGUCUACUUUGCCGUGAGUUUCAAUGUCUUUUUCACCCUCCUUGUAAUCCUCAUCUCCUACCUCUUCAUAUACAUUGUCAUUCAAAGGAUGCGUUCUGCUGAAGGACGGAAGAAAGCCUUCUCCACUUGUGUGUCCCAUCUCACUGCAGUGUCCAUCUUCUACGGCCCGAUCAUCUUCAUGUACUUACACCCCAGCUCCAGCCAGUCCAUGGACACAGACAAAAUAGCCUCUGUAUUUUACUCUGUGGUGAUUCCUAUGCUAAAUCCUUUGAUCUACAGCCUUAGGAACAAAGAAGUGAAAAACACUGUCUGGAAAAUACUCAACAAACUUUACCCCCAUUCUUUAAGUGUGAAUAGGAUGUAG